CCAGCUUGUGCAGAAAGAAACUUCAUUAGCCUAUCAAUAGAUCCCAUCUGCAAAAAAAUAAAGUUUGCUUACAAAACAAAUUAGGCCGCCUUAAAUCUCAUAAAAUUGCGCAUAUGUAUAAUGAGUCGCUGCAAUCAGCACUGGGAAUUGAUCAGUUUGGCAGCUCACACCUUUGUGUGCUUCUUUUUUCCUGCGAUUCUGCAUCUGACUGAAUAGAACUGCGCACAGUGAGCACAAUUACUGCAGAACCCGGCAGAGUCUCCUGGUGCGGGGAAGGAAAGAGAGAACCCGAUUGUGUCUCCCGUCGGGGGAUUGGGAAGGAGUUGCCUUUGUGGAUACUUUGGGGGGUUUCUGUCCAGCCUUGAGCAUGAUGUCAUACCUCAAACAGCCCCCCUAUGGCAUGAAUGGCUUGGGGCUAACGGGGCCUGCUAUGGACUUAUUGCAUCCGUCUGUGGGAUACCCAGCAACUCCGCGGAAGCAGCGCAGAGAGCGCACCACCUUUACCCGCUCGCAGCUGGAUGUGCUGGAGGCCCUGUUCGCCAAGACUCGCUACCCGGACAUAUUCAUGCGCGAAGAAGUCGCACUAAAGAUCAACCUGCCGGAAUCUAGAGUCCAGGUCUGGUUUAAGAACCGCAGAGCCAAGUGUCGGCAGCAGCAGCAGCAACAGCAGAGCAGCAGCGGGGCGGGAGUGAAGAGCAGACCGGCCAAGAAGAAGUGCAGCCCGGCCAGAGAGAGUUCGGGGUCGGAGAGCAGCGGCCAGUUCACUCCCCCCGCGGUGCCCAGCUCCGGCUCUUCCUCCUCGUCCUCCUCUUCCAGUUCCAAUUCAUCCGGGAACCCCGGCCUGGCUACAGCCCCGCUGAAUGGCAGCACCUCCACAGCCUCCUCCAUCUGGAGCCCGGCCUCCAUUUCUCCGGGCACUGGCCCUGGGUCUGGCCCCGACCCCUUGGGAACAGGCAGCGCCUCCUGCAUGCAACGCUCUGGCUCCUCAUCUGCAGCUUCCUACCCCAUGUCCUACAGUCAGGCAGCCGGCUACACCCAGGGCUAUCCUGCCCCUUCUUCCUCCUACUUCAGCGGGGUGGAUUGCAGCUCUUACCUGGCACCAAUGCAUUCUCACCAUCACCCUCACCAGCUGAGCCCCAUGGCCCCUUCCUCCAUGUCUGGCCACCAUCAUCAUCAUCACCACCUGAGCCAGACCUCCAGCCAUCACCACCACCACCACCAUCACCAGGGCUAUACCGGCACAGGCUUGCCCUUUAACUCCUCUGACUGUCUGGACUAUAAGGAACAAGCCGCAGCGUCUUCUUGGAAACUCAACUUUAAUUCCACCGACUGUCUGGACUACAAAGAUCAGUCCUCCUGGAGGUUCCAGGUCUUGUGAGCAAUCAGAGACCAUUUCUGCCUGCCAUCCUCUUAAAUAUAUAUAUAUAUAUAAAUAUAUGAAUAAAGUAUAUGUGGAAGUGCUGUGCCAGGCUUGCCUCCAGCUGGAGUGAAGGACAUGAAUGAACAAUAUAUAUAUUUUUUAAUCUGCUUGUGGGCUAGAAUUCUGAAUAUAUGAAUUAACUGUGCCUGUACAAAAUGGAUAGAUAUCCCACCAGUGUUCUUCACCAUUUAGUGGUUUUAUUUAUUCACUGUCUGGACCUGGGAUUUGGACAAAUGUCUGCCUUUGAUGUGCUCUCAGUACAGCCCUGGGACCUGUGGCUAAUCUAAUGUUUUAACCCAAAGUUUCUCAUUCUAUAAAGUGCAAGGGGCAGGUGUGUUGUGCCCAGUCUGUAUAGAGCCCUUCCCCUGAGGUUUAUAUGAUGUAGGACUCAUUUAGCUUCUUGCUGCCCAGGCGGCUGGAAUAUGUACAUAUUUAUUUAGGUCCGUUUGUAGGACCCUUUAUUUUUAGUUUAUAUUAUUGGUUUGAUUUCCGGACUUCUAACUACAGCCCCACCAUUAAUAACCCCUUUACUGGAGACCAAACCUCUUGCAUAUUAGAUGUUGUGGCGUUUCCCCACUCUAUUUAUUAAAUACAAAGUCUUGGAGACUGAAAAAGAAUGAAGUUUCAUGCACCCCCGUGUUCCUGAGAAUGUGCUCGCCCGAGUCUGGCUUAUUGCACUUUGUGUAGAGUCCACACUUGUCUGUCACUGGGAAAUCGCACCCACGUUUGUUUAACGGGACAGCUCUCAGUAUGUGUAUUGUCACUCACAUUUACUUUCUUUCAAUCCCAUUAGUGUCACCGCUAUUCCUGCUUUUCUUACAUUCUGUCCGGGCAGCACUUGCAUUUGUGUCACUGAAAAUUUGGCUCUGUUUGUCCCUGUGUAGGUGAGGAAAAUUCUGUUUGUACAUUUGGUGCUCCACAAUGGCUAUCGAUGUAAGGAAAAGUCAUUUCUACAUACCCCCCAUCCUUUCAAAUAAAAAUCAAACUAAUGAAAGUGA